CAAAUGUCCGUGGCAAAGAAGGCUAAGAUGGUAUUGAAGGUAUGCACACACUCGGGCUCGUUCCAUGCGGACGAGUCACUCGCGGUCUACAUGAUCAAGCUUUUACCCCGUUUCGCUGACAGUGAAUUGGUCAGAUCCAGAAACCCACUGGAUUGGGAAGCUUCCGACAUUGUUAUUGAUGUUGGUGGUAAGUACGAUGGAGUCAAGUUUUUCGACCACCAUCAACGUGAGUUCAACGAGACUUUCUCCAACUUGUACAAGACCAAAUUGUCCUCUGCCGGGCUCAUUUACAAGCACUUUGGUAAGGAAAUCAUUUCUAACCAUCUUGACUUGAAGGUUGAUGAUGACAACGUUGAACUUUUAUACACCAAGAUCUACAAGGAAUUCAUUGAAGCGCUUGAUGCCAACGAUAACGGGAUCGACAACUAUGCCAAGGAUGCCGAGAAGAAGUUCAACGAUAAGAACAUCACUCUCCCAUCCAUUGUUGGUAAGCUCAACCCUUCAUGGAUCGAUGAACCUACUGAUGCUGACUAUGACGCAGCCUUUGCCGUCAGUUCCAAGCUCAUGGGAGACGUCUUUGUCAGCUUGCUUAACGGCUACGGGAAGUCUUGGCUCCCAGCCAAGACCAUUGUUGCCAGUGCCUUUGAAGACCGUUUUAACGUUGAUGCUCUGGGUAAGAUUUUGGUUUUGGAUCAAUUCUGUCCAUGGAAGGAACACUUGUAUGCGGUUGAAAAGGAACAAGGUCAAGAAGGAUCCAUUGAAUUUGUUUUAUUCCUGGACUCUUCCAAGAAGUGGAGAAUUUCUACUGUUCCAGUGACUUCAACUUCAUUUGAUUUCAGAAAGGGAUUACCAGAAAAAUGGAGAGGUAUUCGUGAUCAAGAACUUAGUGAUCUUACCGGUGUACCAGGAUGUAUUUUCGUUCAUGCUGCCGGAUUCAUUGGUGGUGCUGAACUGAAGGAAGCUGUUUUGGAAUUAGCCAAGAAGAGUUUAUAA